AUGAAGGAGCAGCUGAAGGAAUCUCUUGAUGAUCUCCAAGGCACAGAGAUAGAGAAUGUGAAUGUGGAAGAGACAACAGACAAAGAUAUCUUUGAUACAGUGAUAGCAUCACAGAGUGCAGAUGAGGGCAUGGAUGAGAAUAGACUCAGAGGUGAUAUUGAUGGUGAUGAUGGUAGUGAUGAUGAUUUGGUGUUGGAACCUCAUUCUAAGUGCCAUGAGGCUCUUCAAGCUGUCAGAACUCUUCAAAAGUAUAUCAAGAUCAUGAAUAAUCCAUUCACUCAGAACUUGAAAAGCAUCUUGACUUUGUUCAGACAAAAAACAAGGCUUGAUAAGGCUAAUUCACUUCAGGAUAGCCAGAUUACAAGCUACUUCACUUUUAAAUAGUAAGCAUGUUAUAUUAUAGGCCUACUAACAAAAUAUAAGCCUCUAUGAGAGCCUUGAAGUUGAUCUACAACAUCCUCUCUCCAACCCCAUAGUCUCUCAUAAUCCAUAGCUCUGAGGGUCCACUGACCACUAUGGGUUAUUAGAGUUGACUGUAGCUACACACAUGCUCUUAUGUUGCCAGAGCCCAUAGAAAGUAGUUUUAUGUAUGUAUAUGUAUUACAGAAUAAAAAGUGUCAGAUGAAAGUGAAUAUUCUAGCUCAAUUACCUCAGCCUCAAGCAAGACUGAACCACCA